GCUGUCAAGCUACACAUAAUGCCAAGCUGCUGAAAUGAUCUGACCAAAUCAGCUACAGCUUUACACAUGGCUCUCAGUGAACAGGAAGAUCCCAUAGUACGAGAAGCCUAUGUUAUGUCUCAUGAUUACAUUGCUUAUGUGACAGGGAGGGCCUCCAGUCGAGCUCCUUCUAAGACAGCUGCAGCCCUAAGAAAUGCUGGAGAUGAACUCUUAGAGAAGUUCCCCAUAUUUUUUAAGCGCUGGCCGCGAUUAUUUCAGGAUGUGUCAGAGGAGAAUGCCUGCAUGUAUUUGAUUAAAAUUCUGGAUGAACACUUUAAGCCACAGAAACCAAACCCUUCUAAGCAGCUAACCUGGAGUGAAAUUCUGUCUAUCUAUGUGCUGGCAGGACAGAUGGCCAUACACUGUCAAGAAAAUGGCAUGGAAAAGAUUCUAGAUUCACUGCCAGACCAAGUUGGUGAAUACGUGGAGAAGCUUGUGUGUCCAGUUCUUAAAGAAAAGGGUGGCUGGAAUGGCUUUAUAAUCCGUUAUUCUAAGAAAGAAAGCCCAGAGACAAAAGUGAUUAAAAUCUGCUGUGGAACUUUGCUGCUGUUAACUGUAGCCUCCAUCAUCUAUUAUGUUUUGAAAAGAUGAGCUUUGAAGAAUGGAAUUGUCUGCACAAUGUAUACAAGCAAGCUGCAACCAUUCACAGCAAACAGAACAGUUAUGGUAAGUUGUCGACAUGAAGAAUCAAACUUUGGGAGCUAUGAACAGUAAUAUUGGCACAUGAGAACAUACCUUAGAACCUGGGCACAAACUGGACUCAUUACAUUAGAUAUAUGGCUUUAACCAGCUUCUGUAACAGCUGACUGUUAAGAUGUAUAAAAAUAUUUUAGAAAUGUAGUUGAUUUUACCUGUUCACCUUUUUAGAAAAAAAAUAUUGAAAAGCCAAAUUAAAUUACAGCAAAAAUG